AGAAAGAGCACAGCUUCUUUCCCACGUCUUAAAAAUUUCUACACAAAGAGUAAACAGUACUGCCCAGCAGGGAAGGAAUUAAAAACUCAAAAACAAAACAACACAAGUGCUAAGCACUUUGCCAAUUAAUGUAGACAUAUUUUCUUGAGAAAUCACGAGUGCUUUGUCUACUAAGAAGAAACUUGGUAAAACAGCAGUAUGCUGCUUAAUUUAUUACUGAAACCAAUUUCCAUCUGCAGCUUUUGACUGCUACAGCAUUUCCAGGGCAUCUAAUCAGAGUGAAGGAGUGACGGGGUCUGCCACAAGAUUAUGGUAAGAUAAUGUUUUACAUCAAAGUAGGGGGUUAUCAUGUAAGAAGGCAGAAGGAUAACUAUCAGAACUGCAUGGAAUCAAAUGUCUUGAAUAACCAAAGUGACAACCACUGUUCCAGGUCCUGACUCAGAAAGUUUAAGGGAAUCCUUGAAAAUGAUCAUGCAAGAAUCUAUACAAAUUACUGUGGAUGCAGACCAGCCAAAAACAGAGUACUGUAAUCCUGUCUUUGAGCCUGAAACUGAUAUUGAAACUCUGAAUGAAAAGGUAGACAGCAAUCAACAAUGCGGUGAGGAAAGCCUGCAAAUCCACAUUGGGACAGAAGCAAACAGAUUAUGGUACAUGCUGUGUGGCCCACGGAAUUUGCACUCGCUCCCUGUUCAGCUCCUUGUCAUCUGCAUGUUGGUGGUUUUUAUUCUGGUGACAGGAGUAACGCUGCUGGUAAUUUUAAUCCAGCUCCAUUCAAAAGCAACACUAGUACCAGGAGAUCCUGCUAUCUUUGGAAACAAUCAUAGUAUUGUUAGUGGUACGAAGGAUCCGAGUCCUGGAAUGGAUCAUGGAUAUGAAUAUGCCAGCACAAGUGCCCCUGUGGAGCCAGCAGAGGAUAUUACUUCUGACCCCUUUUGUGGAGGGACUCUACAGGGUCCCACUGGGUACUUGGCAUCCCCAAACUAUCCUGUGCAGUACCCACCAAACCUUUUAUGUAUCUGGGACAUUGAAGUGCAGCCAGACCUUGUCAUCCAGUUCAAAUUCGAUCAGCUGAGUGUGGAAGGAUGGCAUUCAUGUCACUUUGACUGGGUGGAACUGCAGGAGUACAUGGACCAAGAGAAAAAAUCCACAGUGCUGGGCAGGUUUUGUGGAAACAAAGCUCCUGCUACUGUGAACACCAACAGUAACAGAUUAAGGGUCACCUUCAUCUCAGAUUCUAGUAUAGGAGCCAGCGGUUUCAUGGCCCAGUAUCGUGCCAUUGCUCCUGAGCAAAAAAACUGCUCCGCUGAUGAGUUUCUUUGUGAUAUGGGACGCUGCCUUUUCGCAAGCACCAUCUGUAAUGCUGUAUAUGACUGCGUUGACCAGAAAGAUGAGUACAACUGCAGUGAAGAACACAAAGACUGUGUAGAACAUCUGAAUAGCACAGAAGGACUACUUAUCACCCCAAAUUAUUCACACCAACAGGUGUGUUCAUGGUAUAUCUCUGUGCCGAAAGAUCAUGUCAUUGAGCUCACAGUUCAUGUGUUUGGCUUGGAAUCUCAGAGGGACUGUUUCAGUUUUGUGGAAGUGCAUGACAGUGCUGGGACCAGUGAUAGUAGCCUUAUGGGCAGGUACUGUGGUUCAAACUAUCCUCCACUACUGACAUCUUCACGCCACCUGAUGACUGUGCUUUUGGUGGCAAAAAAUGGUUUGCAGAAUUUUGGAUUCCUGGCCAGCUAUCGUGCUAUUACUUCUACAGAAAAGACCUGCAGUCCCUCAGAAUUCCCAUGCUCCAGUGGUGAGUGCCUGUCCUUGCUGUGGGUUUGUGAUGGCUGGAAUGACUGCUCAGACGGAAGCGAUGAAAGUAAGUGCGAGAACAUGACUUCUCCAGUUUAUGAAACUUCCUGUGAACCCAUCACUGUGACAAUGUGUCAGCAGCUCAGCUAUAACAUGACUUCAUUCCCCAACAUCGAGCUGGGAAUUCCUGACCAGCAUAGUGCCAUAGACAUCCUCAUGAACUACAAGAUCCUGAUGGAGCUGUCAUGCUAUGAGUACUUCCGACUGCUAGUAUGUGGCCUCUUUGUACCUAAGUGUACUCCUGAUGGUGGAGUACUGCAGCCAUGCCGGUCUGUCUGUCUGCACGCAGAGCAACAGUGCCGUCAAGCCCUCAGUCUCCUCAGUGUCAUGUGGCCUUUGAACUGCAAUGCUCUACCAGAUACCAGUGACCCAAAUGAAUGUGUGAUUCCUUAAUGCUCUGUUAGCAACUACCAUAUGAAAACUUCCUUGGACGAUAACUGAAAUGCUGUCUGGAACUCUUGCACCAUAAAAGGUGGCAGCUGGCUGUACAGUAAGAGUAGUAUUAAACACUCUUGUCGAUUUUGUUGCAUCUGAAGUUGAAAUUAUGACAUAUGUUACUGAGCUACAUUAGUGCUAUAUAGCAGGUUAAUGGUUCAUAUUCAGUAGAUACCACUGUUUAGAAGUGUUCUGCCCUGCUAAAGAACUUCAACACCAGCACUGAACCUUUGCAUUCAGUCCGUUUCUGCUAUUUUUCCUUAUGUUUGCCCUCUCUGGCAUCAGUUUGUAAUAGACCCUCUCUUUUUUUUUAAUCCUGAAUUUUCUUUCAGUUUCACCCUUUUAUUCAGUGAGUUUGUGCAUCAGGUUAUCAAAAAGUAUCUUGAAGUGCAAGCCAAUCGUAGAUUUAAAAUAAUUCUCACAGUAUCUUUAACAUUCCUAUAAUUUAUUUUGAGAUUCCAAGUUAAAAUGAUGUUUUAGACUCUGCUUUAGUUUUAUGGACUACUGCAAAGGAGAAAAAGCUUAUCCAUAACCAAAGUGCAGCAAAUCAUUUUAAACAAUGAUAUGGGUCACUGAUUAAGUUGCUUGAUUAAAAGUGUUAGUAAAAUGUAUCUUUUUCUGAAUAAGUCUGCAGCUGUAAUUUGUAGUACUGUUUACUGAAUUUAACCCGCUUUUCAAACUCCCUGUAUUUCACAAGGAACAGAACAAAGUUGAGCCCAAACCAGGGACAGCUGUCAUACAUUCUUGUCCAUAUAUUCUUCCUGUAUAUCAUUUCUGCUGUACAGCUCAGCGCUGGUUUUUCACUUGUAGCUUUGUAGGUCCACAGCAAUCAAGUUCGUAGUAGUGCAACAAAUACUGGGGGUGAUUUAAAAUUUGAAAUUAACAUGCAUGACCAGGAGACCAUAUAUGGUGGGAAUUUAAAAUAUGCUGUUGUGACAAAGCCAGAUGGGAGUUUUAAGGUUUUAAGUUGACAUGUUAUUAUCCUUACUAAGCAGACUGAGACAAGACGAGCCUCAUGAUCAGCAAAGACAAAAAAAAGGUUUAAGGUCAAAGCACAACUUAAAUAUGUUUUUGUUGUUUUUUUAACCCAGUGUAUUAAUGGAGGUAUUUGAACUCAUAAGAAAUAUGCAACGGCCUUUUGUGGUUCUUCAUAUCAUCUGAGAGGGCAGGAUAAGGGGCUCAAACAAAACACAUGCUCCAUGCUUUUAAAAUGACCUGGGUAAUAUUUGUGGAGACAUUGCAAUUUCAAAUCACAGAAUGCUCAUAAAAUAAAUUGGUGAAUGCAUCAUUUUCUUAUGCUGAAUGCUUGUGAUGUGGGAAGUGAAGUGUACAUGUUAGUUAAUGCUCCACUACAAAAGAUUGUUAACAAGAUGGUUAAUUUUUAAUGUCAACAGUAAAACGUGUCAAAAAUGAAUCUGCUGUUGCACCUGUUUAGCUAUACAGCUCACUUUUGUGAUCCAAACAUUAGAUUAUAAAAUUCUAUGAAUAAAAUUUCUGAGCUUCAGAAAAAUUCUCCGUUUGUUUUAUAAACAUCGUAGAAUACAUUUCUAUAAAUUCAGUGACAUAAAUGGAGUUAGCCACAGUAAUGUGAAUUUAUUUUCAUUUCUUCUUCUGAAUACUUUUAUCAUGAUUUGUGCACUAACAUGAUAGCAACAAGUAUUGCCACUGGUGGAACACUCACAGGACCAAUGAAUUCCAGCAAACACUUUAAAUGCUGAGAGGCAUUCUGAGUGCGAUAGUUUAACACAUGAUUGCCAUGACAUAAACGGGACUGCUUUCAGUAGGCUGGGAAGAGGAAAGGAAGAUUUUAGGUGAAAGAUAAACCUCAGGCUAGGCUAGUAAGGGAGAGUGGUUAAGACUGUUGGAUAAAGUAGACCCAGGCCCAACUAAGGUGGUUACAGGAAUAUUCCUGCUGAAUGUGAGCUGCAUUUAAAAAAAUCUGUUUGCAUAAAUACAACUAAAAAUGAUUAUGAGAUUACAUCUGGCCUUCUUGAAGACUGGUGUGGUGCUUGAUAUGGUACUGCUUGUCUUAGCCUGAUAUUAAAUAUGCUGCUUUAACAUGUC